CCUCCGUGUCUGUCCGCCGCUUCAGCACAGAGGUGUUAUUAUUUUUGUCCCCUUGCCAUGCUCCGAGUCAGGUCGCUUCUGCCUGCCCUGGUGUUCGGCUUUCUGCUGGGUCUUAGCCGGGGGUAUUUCCCUGAGGAGCGGUGGAGCCCCGAGUCUCCGCUUCUCGCUCCCCGGGUCCUCAUUGCUCUCGUAUGCCGCAACUCGGCGCACUCCCUGCCGCUGUUCCUCGGAGCUAUUGAGCGCCUCAACUACCCCAAAGACCGCACUGCGCUGUGGGUGGCAACAGACCACAAUGUGGAUAACACCACAGCCCUGCUGAGAGAAUGGCUCAUCCAGGUGCAGAAUUACUACCACUAUGUGGAGUGGAGACCAAAACAUGAACCCAGUGACUUUGAAGAUGAGGCGGGGCCAAAGCACUGGAAUAAUCGUCGUUAUGAACAUGUAAUGAAGCUCCGUCAAGCAGCACUGGACACUGCCCGUGAAAUCUGGGCUGACUACCUCCUGGUGGUUGACUGUGACAAUCUGCUCAUCAAUCAGGAUGUACUUUGGAAACUUAUGAGAGAGAACAAAACUAUUGUAGCUCCCAUGUUGGAGUCCAGAGCUGCAUACUCCAACUACUGGUGUGGCAUGACAUCACAGGGUUAUUAUAAGCGUACACCAGCUUACGUCCCCAUCCGUAAGCGGGAGCGUCGUGGGUGUUUUGCUGUUCCUAUGGUCCAUUCCACCUAUCUUGUGGACCUACGCAAAGAGGCUUCUAGGCAGCUGGCUUUUUACCCACCACACCCACACUACAACUGGGCCACGGAUGAUGUCAUAAUCUUUGCUUAUUCAGCUCGUAUGGCAGAUGUGCAAAUGUACGUGUGCAACAAAGAAACCUAUGGGUAUUUCCCAGUCCCUAUGCGCUCCCAUGCUACUUUGCAGGAUGAAGCAGAGAGCUUUUCGCAUACUCAUCUUGAGGUGAUGGUUAAUCAUCCUCCUUUGGAGCCCUCGAGCUUCUUGAUGCUCCCUCGCAAGGAGCUUAACAAAAUGGGCUUUGAUGAGGUGUUUAUGAUAAAUCUGGAACGUCGAGCUGACCGCCGAGAGCGAAUGCUAAGAACGCUGCAUGAGCAGGAGAUCAGCUGUAAGGUUGUUGUUGCUGUCGAUGGCAAAGCUCUGAACAAGUCUGAAAUGGCGUCAAUGGGGAUAAAGAUGUUGCCAGGAUAUAAAGACCCUUAUCAUGGUCGACCUCUCACCAAGGGUGAACUGGGCUGUUUCCUCUCUCACUACAAUGUCUGGAAGGAGAUAGUAGACCGUGAUCUGCAGACCUCCCUGGUCUUAGAGGAUGACCUGCGUUUUGAGGUGUUUUUCAGACGUCGUCUUCAGACCCUGCUGCAGGAGGUGAUGAUACAAAAGCUUGACUGGGAUCUGAUUUACAUUGGGCGGAAGAGGAUGCAGGUGGACCACCCAGAGAAGGCUGUUCCAAACAUACACAACCUGGUGGAAGCUGACUACUCUUACUGGACACUGGGUUAUAUGUUGUCAUUGCAAGGUGCCCAAAAACUGCUCAGAGCCCAGCCUCUGAACAAGAUGCUUCCUGUAGAUGAGUUUCUUCCUGUCAUGUACGACAAACAUCCUGUUUCGGAGUACAUGAAGCCAUUUGAGCAUCGAGACCUGCGUGCAUUCUCUGCCGAGCCACUUCUGGUUUAUCCAACCCAUUAUACAGGUGAUCCAGGCUACAUCAGCGAUACAGAAACAUCUGUUGUCUGGGACAAUGAAACAGUCAAAACUGACUGGGGCCGAGCCAAGUCCAGGAAAACCCAGGAGCAGCAGGAGCUGAGCUUUGAGGCCCAGAACUCUGAUGUUCUGCAGUCUGAACUGGAGAAGUGGAGCACACGGGACGAGUUGUGAUAAAGACAGCACACAUCAAGGAGAUAACACAGAAAUGAAUCACAGGGAUGGAAUAUAACAGAGGUAUAGUGAAGAAAGGGAGGAGGGAGUUGUCCUGCAAGUUGUGGUAGAAGAUGCCCAAUGCUUUGUACAUUUCUCUCUCCACUGUUUUAUCUCUCUCUUAUGGGAGCAAGUUGGAUGUAGAGUUAACUCUUGAAGAGUCAGCCAGUAGCUUUUGUUUUAUUUAUUGCAUCC